CGACGCGCCGCACGGCCCGCACGGCCACCGGCAGCGCAGCAGCGCCACAGUCACAGUGGGCGAGCGGACGCGAAGGUGAACACAACGUUUGACCACAAACCCAAACCGACGUCCCAGCUCGUCGAGCGACCACGCGAACACAGACCGAGAUCGUCGUCACGGAACCAACUACUGAUCAACGGGACUUGUCCGGGCCGCCAUGGACAGUCAAAUGCAGGCCAAUUUCCUCAACCAUAUGCUCAAAUUCUUCGCCCCGAAGGAGAAGGAUGAGGGCAACGCGGUCCCCGACGUGGACGUGCCGAGCACCCCGUCGGCGCCGGACCUGCCCAUCCUGGUGGGCAUGCUGCUGAGCGCGGGCUUCGACGUCAAGUACAGCGACAAGGGCGAGCGCGGCGGCUCCAGCGCCGGCUGCAGGGCCAUCAUCAUCUGCCAGCGGUCCGGCACGCGCGUCGUGAUGCAGGGCGAGGGGCCCUGCACCUGCCCGUCGGAGGAGGCCCUCAACAACCACCUGCAUCCCCCGGGCCGCGCCGGACAGGCGCCCUCCCGUGCGACGUCACCUACGCCGUCCGCCGUGGGGCAGUUGGAGGAUCCCCUCAACAUCUCGAUGACGUCCACCACUGACGACAACGCCCUCGCCCCGCCGAGGCUGACCCGUCAGAGGACCUGGAGCCGCGACGGAGACUCCGCCAGCGGCAGCGCGACGCAGGACACGGCGUCGCCGGUCAACCGGCGCCUGAGCGCGCCGCCGGGGUCCCUCAACAGCCAGUGGACCACCCUGCAGGGCGACGAACUGAACGUGAUGGCGGCCACGGACCUGCUGCAGGAGGCCAUGUGCCUCCUGACUGGCGUCAAGAAGCCGAAUCUGCGCAACACUCCGGUGGGCCCCAGUCGCCGCUUGUCCGCGGUCUCGCGCCGCAUGUCCACCGACAGGUUCGCCCAGCCGCUGCGUCCUCUGUCGCGGACCUCGUCGGCGUCCAGCUCCAGCGGCCUCGGCAGCGUCCAGUCCACGUCGUCGCACUCGGACACGCCCCGGCCGCCGCGCCCCACGGCGAGCACGUGCAAGAUGGGCCCCGAGACCUUGGCGUCCGUCCGCAACGGCCCCACGCUCCGCAGGACGAUCAGCGCCUGCGCGGGGACGGGGACCACCGCCACCACCGCGCUAUCCGCCAAAGCCAGGCAGACGCCAACGACCAGUCUGCUCAACAGGACUAAGUCGGACGCCAACAAAAAGGGGCCUCCAGAGGCAAGCAGUGGGACACAAAGUGUGGUGACGAAGGUGACAUCCCUUAUCAAACCACCCAGUACGACUACAAAACCUUUCACCCGUCCAUCUCUUCGGGCUGGAAUAAAGACCAAUGCAUCUUUGAUAGCCAAACCUUCUCAACCAAAGACUGUUUCUAAAAGUCCUGAAAUGGAAUCUAUAAAGUUAUAAGCUUAUUAUGUGCCUUUGUGGCUAUUUUAAUUUUUAAGAAAAGUAACUACUUUGUAAUCCAUUUUAAUUCCUUUUAUUUUGCAAAUAAUGAAGUUUUAAACAUUUAUAAUGAUGCUGUUUCAAUUUAAUUAAAGGCAUCAAAAGAGUGACCUGUGAUACAAUGAAUAAAGUACUUCUGAUAUUA